AUGCUGCUGCACCCCUUUACCACCGCUGCAAUCGGCCGUAUCCACAAUGUCGAAGCCACGGAGACACAGCUGGAGCAUCUCAUGGAUAUGCUUCGUUUGUGCCACAGCGACAAUAUGGGCUUGCGAAGCCUGGUACCUGCUUUGAUGCUGCGUUUGAAUAAGGACCAACGGUGCUAUGACUUUAUCAAAUGGUGGGCUACGGAUCGUCCUGGCUAUGAUUGGGGUGACACCGACUUGCCCUAUCUCGACAUCAAUGGUGCCAAUCCUUUUGAAUCUGUCAACCAACACGUCGGGGCUUUUGUCGUUCUCAGUCCCACUGUCUCUCUCACUCUGCUGAAAAUCAAAUUACUUCUUGAUUUAAUGAAGAUCGGCCAUUCAACUUCAACUGUCGGCCCUAAAGUUCCCCGAGAAAUCCUCAAUCUCAUUCAGACUUCCAUUCCCCAGGGUCCUCUUAAAUUGAAGGGACAGAUUGAUCAGUUGUACGAGAAAACUGACGCUGCUAACGCAUAUUUCUGGCCCCAUUUGGUAAACCCUGGACACGAUCUAGGCGACAGACCUGCGGCUUACUCAAUGGGAAGUGUGGAAGAAAUGACGUUGGCUUUGCAGUGGACCUAUGCUGCAUGGACUGAAACUCCCGGGGCGAUUGACUUCCUCAAAGCGAAACGAGCAGGGAGUAUUUGA